CAAAUAACUAUACAAAUCUGAAACUUAUUUUAAUACAAUUAUAAUUAAAAUAGUUUUUGGUCAAAUAAAUCCAAAGACCAUUUAACAUUACCAUCGGCAAUACUACUAACAUAUAAUUUUGGUCAACACUUUAGUUUAUGUAGUCAUCUAGCCACCAAAGAAUCUCCCAAACUAAUCCUUAUAUGUCUCUAUCCUCGUUUAUUUUUUACUUUAUUUGGAUUGUUUCUAAUUUUCAUAGUUAUUGAUAGAGAAUGUUGUUUAUUAAAUAUUCUUGUUUUUCUUGUUAAAUUAAAUCAUUAAAUCAUAAUAGGAUUUCUUUCUUUUUUUCAAAAUGAAUGACAAUCUACCAGUAAGCUUUCGGAAAUAUAACCAAAACUUUCAUUUACUCAAAAGCAAAAAAAAAUAAUGAAAAAAAAUAUCGCAAUAGAACAUUUUCAGAAACAAAAGAAGCUCCAAGAUUCACUUUCCACGCGGCAAGUAAAGAAAAAUCCACGUGUAAUUACAGUCAAACCAGUCAAAGCCACAUCACAUAUUCUCUAGUCUCCCGCCUUUCUUUAUAAGAAAGCACACAGCAACAAGAACACAAAAGAUUCAUCUCUGAAAGCUCCAUCUCACCUUUUUCUCCAAAACCUUUGAGACACAAAAGAGAGCAUAAAAGAUGUCAAAGAUCAACGCUCUCCGCCGUUGUCUCCUCCCGUGCAUCACACCUCCGACGAAUCCAACCACCGCAUCAUCCACUACCACCGGAGUCUCCAAGAAACGUCUCAGCACUUCCCUCAGAGACGACAUCGACAUUCAAGACUCAGCUUCUUCCUCCGCCUCUUCCUCCGAGGCCACGUCUUUCUCCGCCGCCGUCGAUUCAGGUUACCUCUCCCCCGUCGCGGCGCCGCAGAGACCGUCGAGGACGAUGGUGAUCGGCACGCUUUUCGGGAGGAGAAAGGGACACGUGUGGUUCUGCGUCCAGCACGACCGUCUCUCCGUCAAACCGCUCCUCCUCCUCGAGCUCUCCAUCACGACGAGCCAGCUAGUUCACGAGAUGGACUCGGGUCUUGUCCGAGUCGCUCUCGAAUGCCCGACACGACCGGAGCUAAAGUCUUGCUCGUUGAAAUCCGUGCCGGUUUGGGCGAUGUUCUGCAACGGGAAGAAGUCAGGUUUUGCAGUAAGGAGGAGCGCUAGUGAAGAGACAAGGGUGAUGCUGAAGAGGUUGGAGUCGACCACCGUUGGUGCCGGCGUGUUGCCAUGUGGAUCCGGGGAUCUUGAUGAAGUUAUGUAUAUGAGGGCGAGUUAUGAGCAUGUUGUGGGUAGCUCUGACUCGGAGUCUUUCCAUCUCAUUAACCCGGAUGCUAACUCGGCUCAAGAACUCAGCAUCUUCUUGCUUAGGACAUCUUCUUAAUUACCUUUUGUAGUAUAAUGAUGAUAACUUAUGAAUGCUUUUCAUCAAGUUUGUUAUCUUGUUCAGAGAUUACGAAACGUUUGUUGCGUAGGGUGUAGGGUCUAGUCGUCUAGAGAGGCUUAGUGUUUUGAGUUCUCAAUGAGAAAGUUUGUAUGUACUACUCUCAUUACACUAUCAUGUGUUGAGAAUCUUGGCAUUGUCACAAGCGUGUAAAAUGAUUUUUGAUCAAGAAACAGAGACA